AUGGACCCAGACUUGGCCCGUCAGGGAUGCCAAAACUACGCUCUAUCGCCUCUGCGGAUCGCCCUUGACCUCCUCGUCUGCCUGCUAGUCGUGGGCUCCUUCAUCCCCCAAAUCAUCCGCAUCGCCCUUACGGACCGGAGCAGUGAUGCGGGGAUAUCAGGUUGGUACAUGGUGCUCCUGACGCUAAGCGCCACCUCACACCUGGCAACCGUGCUCGGCACACUAUUCACAAAGGGACCCAUGGUGUGUGUCCGCGAGGGGUACCUGCGCGGGUGGCAGGCGUUCUCCGCCCUCGGAAUGGUCGUCCAGAGUAUCCUGCACUGGGCUUGUGCGCUGGGCUUGCUGGCCGUCUAUCUGCACUUCCGCCACGGGCGUGGCAACGGCUCGGCUGGAUAUGUCCUGGUGCAGGAUGAUGAUCCUCAUCCGCAUUAUCCGAUAGGAAUAGACCCGGGGCCGGAUACACCACUUCUGGAGCGUCUGAUCGCGGGCGACCAACAACAAACCGUGCUCUCCUCGCCAGCCAUGUAUGGCAGCGGCAGCGGCACCUCAUCACCCUCCAACAGGGUCAUCCUCGCGGUCGUCAUCACGCACGCAGUCAUCACUCUCCCAUUCCCGAUCUACAUCUUCCUGGCAAAGCUCCCCCUAGCCUUCAGCGACGACAUCACCCCCUUGCUCGCGGCGCAAGUAUACUACAUCGUCCUCGCCUUCGCCGGUUUCUUCACUUCGGUGACCGCGGUAAUCCCGCAGAUCCACCUGAUGGUCUCGCGCUCGCGCAGCGGGCUUGACUUGGGCAAUCUGAGUGUCCUCGGGACGGGACUCCAGUGUCUUGCGCUGUUCGCCUUGGGUGCGUCGCAGUGGGUGAAGUUUGCGGUCUUUGACCCCACGCAUGGAAAUUCUGCGGGGCCGGGCGAUUGGUUUUGGACGUGGUUUCGGUAUUCCGGCGCGUCGCCGGUUGGAUAUCUGAUUUUGGGGCUGGGGCAAUUGGUUGUUUUUUGUGUCGCGCUGGGGAUUGGUGGAGGGCGUGAGACUCUUCAUUGGUAG